UAAAGCCUCGUCACCAAGGCAUAAGUUUUACUCUCUCUUCAACACGACCAGCUUCAGAUACACAUUUCUAUGGCGGCGAAGCUACAAAACCCUUAACCCUCUCUUUUAACUGAUCUCCUUCUUCAAAUUUUAAUGCUCCUGACCCUCACACCACCAAAACAUUAUAUGGGCUACUGUUGAUUUCGGCUUUGAAUACAAACUACAGCAAUGGCCGAAGAGAAGGCAAAUGAAUCUACAGCUACCAGAGAAGUUGAGAAGGCUCCGAUUGAGCCUCUGCGGAUGCCCACGGUGGAGGAGAUUCGCGGCCAAGAUAUUUGGAAUAACUGUGUUGUGCGCAGUGUCGCUAGUGGAGUUAUGGGUGGUGGACUUGGGUUGAUGAUGGGUUUGUUUCUUGGGGCUUUAGACAACCCAGUAAUGCAAGAUCAAAUGACUGGUAGGCAGCAAUUUAUAUACACAGCAAAGCAGAUGGGGUCAAGGAGUUGGGGUUCUGCAAAAGCAUUUGCAGUGAUGGGAUUUGUUUUCUCAGCUGCUGAAUGUGUUGUUGAAAAGGCACGGGCUAAGCAUGACACAACAAAUACAGUUGUUGCGGGAUGUGUCACUGGAGGUGCAUUGUCAGCAAAAGGUGGUCCAAAAGCAGCCUGUGUUGGUUGUGCUGGGUUUGCCACAUUUUCGGUGCUGAUAGAGAAGUUUUUGGAUAGACAUGAUUGAGUGUAUUAGUAUCCUGCCUCAAUUUUUGCAGACACUAAACAUCACAAAUCAGUAGAAGAGAUGUAGCUUCUGCCAUGCAGUAAUACAAAUAGUUUUUCUUAGAUUCAGCUUCAGCUCUUGUUAUGAUUAUUUAUCCCCAAUUCAUGAAGGGAUGCUUUGGCCAAAAUAGAAGGCCAAUGAUUUUGUAUUAUGUAUUCUGUUGUUGACUAAGAGUUUCAGUUUCAUAAUUUCAUUAGAGGAUGUAUUCUUCAAACUCAGGAAAUGAUUUACAGAGAAUGGCUGCAAGUUUCAAAUAA